AUUAUCAAAGUCGAUUCUUUUGUUUGUGAUGGGCUGAUGGGUUUUGUGAAUCCUCUAACAGGAUAUUAUAAUUAUAGACGUAUGGUUUGUGCUACGUAAAUGCCAUAAAUUAUUGAUUCAUAUUAACAUAGGAUUUCUGUGCCAAUAUGGAUAAGCUAACAGUUAUAUCUGGGACUCUAUUCAUGGCAGCUGAUGUGUUUGCAAUAGUUAGCCUUGCCAUGCCCGACUGGAUAAUUACCGAUGUUGGAGGGGAUACUCGACUAGGGCUUAUGUGGUCCUGUAUUACACUAUAUAACAGACCACAAGUAUGCUUCACUCCAGACCUACAACCUGAAUGGCUACUAGCCCUUAUUUGCAUCUUUAUUGGAUGUAUAUGCAUCACAACAACUGUGAUACUCUUGGCAUCAAGUCACUUUGAUCGUAAUGUUAUCCCAUAUGCAAGAUGGGUGGGCUUUGCUGCAAUGGUAGUUUUCUGCUUAGCUGCAGUUAUUUUCCCGAUGGGAUUCCAUGUUGAUGAGAUCGGAGGCCAGCCAUAUCAACUGCCAAACAGCCAUCAAGUAGGAAUAUCUUACAUAUUAUUUGUUCUCUCACUGUGGAUAACAGUAAUAUCGGAGCUCUUUGCUGGCAAAGUGUGUCUGCCCCACUUUUAAGCAGAUUUCAGGGUUAUUAAUGAUAAUUACAUUCCAAUAAGUAUUAUUUUAUUAGGGCCUAUAUUUGGCUCCUUUAGGCUACAUUUACACUACUAUGUUGCUAAUGUUGCUGCCACACUUGCCACUUACAAACCUUUAAUCUCUAGCAGCCCACUAUACAAGGAAAAUUGGCAAUCAAAUUUAUAAAGUUGAAUUUGUUUUUUUUUAAUGGAACAAAACAAAAGCAACUAUGUUCCAUUUAAUUAAGAUUAAAAUUUCAUUAGAGGUAAUUGGACUAUUACUAGGACAUUGUACCCCAAGAGGUGAGGGUCAAUAGUCAGUGAUCCAAUAUUGUUUGAAUGUUAUCACAGCAUUAGGGUAGGAUGUAGAUAUAGACUCUAGACAACUUCUUAAUGACUGCCCUGCCGAUAAGAGUAAAGGCUAAAAGAAAUAAAUACUUACCACAUGCAUUCCUGCUAUUGCACUAAGUUUUAAAAUGCACACAGGAGCAGCUAACUCCAAACAACUUUGUUCAUAAAAAACAACCAAUUAGUUGUUUUUUUGAUAGUUCUGAAUUUAAAUAAUUGUUCCCAGUUACCUAUCUCGAGACUGUGAAAGUCUCCAACCUUCACAGUACUUGAUAUUAAUAUUCAACAACUCUAGUUAUAUAAACUUCAGGUAGAAUUUAUGUCAUACUUUCUAGCAAUGACAUGGUAUUGCACGGAGUUCAAACUCACAUUUUUUUUUUUUUACGAAAAAUGUACAUAAAAAAGAUAAAUAUCUGUUGCCACCAGUCUCAGCUUUGUAUCAGAUGACGUAAAUAUAACUUUUUUUUGUAACCGGAAGUGGUUUGUUUUUUCGUGUUUUCGGCCAAUCGACUGCUAUGAUAUGUGUUCAAUUUGUUAAAUAUCAAAAAGUGGCGCUAAUAGAUCAAAGGCUAAAGGUGUGGCGGCAUAGUUUCGAGCAAUGGCGCCCCAACCUUUGGCCUAUGACCGGUCAUAUAGCACCACUUUUUGAUAUAUAACAAAUUUAGCAUAUAUCAGUGAAAGAAUAAGGAUCAAAGUCAAAUGUUUUAAUCAUGUGUCUAAAGAUGGCAGUAAAAAAGAUAGCUAUAUGUGAGAUCCUAUAAUUGGCUCUGUGUCACUAUUUAUGUUGUUAUUAGCAUAGUUAUAAAUAAUUACUUUGGCUACAACAUGGCUACAACAUUUUCUUUGACAAUCCACCUCUAUUUCAAAUUCUUUUUGAUGCGACUAAAUGAUGAAAUAACUAUAUGAUAUCUGAAUCUCAGUAUUUAGAUAUAAUUAUUAAAGCUCUUAUAUUAUAUAUUUUAUAGCAUGAUAAGUAAUUUAAGAAAUCUGGCAGUUAGCGAAACUUUAUUACGUUAAAGAAGACGCAUAUACCUAUAGAUUGUGUCAUUCACGACGACACGUGCCUGGACUCGUAUUGUGAUGUUAUUAAAGGUUAGCUUUGACAAAUCUGCGCAUCAUCGUAGAUGACACAAGCGUGAUCCUCCACAGCCGGACCACCUGGCCUGAUUGCGCUCAAUGUUUAAUGGCGAAAUGUACCCCUACUGUACCUUAUAUAACGUACGUUUAAUUUCGUUAAAUUAAACGUACCUCUGUAGUUUGGCAGAUAUAUGCGUUUAAAAGGGGUCCGGCUGGGGAGUAAAAUCUGCAGCCGGACCACACCUGGAUCCGAUGAUAACCGUGAUUUCGAGAUAUAAUUUAAACAACAGAAAAAUGUACCUGUUAUGUACCUUUGAAUAAAUCGUUUUUUUUAUAUAAAAAAUAGUCUCAUAAAUGAAUUUUCAUAAAUUUCAUUUUUUGAGUAUAUGCGGAAAUUGCGGAAUUGUAAGCGCCUGUUAACAUUUCGGACAACACUGACGUACACACUUAUAAAAUUGCUAUUAUAUUUUAACAGGCGCUUACGAUUUCGCAAAUACUCAAAAAAUUAAAUGUAUGAAAAUUCAUUUAUGAGACUAUUUUUUAAAUAAAAAAAACGAUUUAUUCAAAGGUACAUAGCAGGUACAUUCAUCUGUUGUUUAAAUUAUAUCUCAAAAUCACGGUUAUCAUCGGAUCCAGUGUGGUCUGGCUGCAGAUUUUACUCCGCAUCCGGACCCCUUUUAAACACAUAUAUCUGCCAAACUACAUUCCGAUGAGGUACAUUAGGUACAUCAGAGGUACAUUUCGCCAUAAAAAAAUUUUGCGCAAUCAGGCGAGGUAGUCCGGCUGUGGAGGAUCACGCAUGACACAACUAUAUCAAGGUACCCUUGUAAAGAAACGAGAACUAGUUAGUAAGUGAUGUUUGUGUAUAUAUUGUACCUAAUUGUAUUAGAUAAGUAGUACCUACUUAGUAUACCUAACCUAAACUAGCUUUUAAAUAAUUAUAAUGAUUAUUUUUACGGGGUACGGGUAAAAAUAAAUAAGCUUAUUUAAUUACCAACCUCACGUGAGCAUCGCAAGUGCCGAGGUAGUUUUAAAAAAUUGCAGAAUAUCAGACCUGCAUAGAAAUUUAAGGGAGUUAGGCUUCUAAAUACCAUAGAUAUGGGUUACCUUGCAGCUGGCAGCUCAUUACUGCUGGGUGAGAGAAGUCACAGGUAAGAAAAAAAAAUUCAAUUUUACCCGCUGGUAUAGCCUGUCCGAUUUCUAAGAUCAAGUUAUCAUACAUUUACUAUGGCGUACUUGAUCUUAUAAAAACGUUCAGACUAUAACAACUUCAACUGGGGGAAUUGCCCAAACUGUGUAUAAUGCCAUAGAGAGAUAAGUAUAAGUACCUUUCUUUCAGCUUAUUAUUUAUUAAGUAAGGAAACUGAUGUAUUGAGUGAGCACUCCGAGGCUAGGCUAGGUUCACACGGCGUUAUUUGUUCCAGUACUUAUACCGUAUACGGGAUUUUAUCGAAUACCGUAGUGACAACAAAAUUUGUAUGGCAACUUUUAAAAUCGUUCACACGGCGCCUAUGAGAUAAAGCCGCCUAAAGCGUGUGAACGAUUUUGUAAUUUGCCAUAUGGUUGUGAAAGUCAGAAUGGCGGGUGUACCUAAAUAAAAUUAAUUGAAAAGCAUUCCAUAUUUUUGUACCUAAUUUGUACCAUUUAGUACCUCCAUUAAAAAAAAUUGUACCUCACGAUACGUAAAGUUAUCAUCAAAAAACAGUACACCCGCCAUCCUGACAGUCAUAAUGGCGGGUGUACUUUAUUACGCUAUGUUCCCGUGGUUAUUGAUAAAUUCUAUAAAAGCCAAAUUUUUGUACUUACCUUCAUAUUCAAUUAUAAUACGAGUCAUUUUAUUUGUGGUUUCCAAGUUUUACUUAUUUUAUAUUUUGCUUGCUAUUACAAUUUUGCGGGCGUUAUAAGUUUUCAAUUUAUCAAUAACCACGGGAACAUAGCGUAAUAAAGUACACCCGCCAUUCUCUUCCCGUCAUGCUCUGCGCCGGUUUUUUGUGAGAGUCAGAAUGGCGGGUGUACCUAAAUAAAAUCAAAUGAAAAGCA